AUGGUGCAGGAUGGCUGGCCUCUUGGACUUGGCGCCAUGAAUGCAAGAGCUGGAGUGGUGAGAAGCAUGGAUCUCUCUGGCUCAGCCUCCUUCAGCACGGCGUUCACUUCCUCUCACUGCGCUUCGUCGUCCUUGACUUCGUCUGAUUUCGACACAGAGUCGGCGUGGUCUUUGUCACGGCGCGGAGGCGGCGGCGCCGGCGGGGGAAUGACGCUGGCGAGCCUGAUCGGCCUGGUGGACGCCAUGGAGAGCCGGCGGCGGCGGAGCACGAGGGCGAGCAGGAGCGGCAAGGUCAGGGCGCUGCUGCUCUCGCUCUGCCUCCGGAGCCACCUGGAGAACGUCCGCGGCGCGCCGUCGCUCGGGCAGUUCCUCGAGAUGGAGAGGAGAGCAAGCAGCAACGCACUGUAA